AUGGUGAGAAAACUCAAGUUUCACGAGCAGAAGCUUCUGCGGAAGCACGACUUCAUCACCUACAAACAGGAUGGCGACCAUCGCGAUGCCUCAGUGGUACGCCGGUACAUGAUUCAGAAGCCUGAGGACUAUCACAAAUACAACCGACUUUGCGGCUCCAUUCGCCAACUCGCGCAUAGACUCAGUCUCUUGCCCCCGGAAAGUGCGACUCGGCGCAAGCACGAGAAGUUGCUCCUCGACAAGUUGUACGACAUGGGCGUACUCUCUUCGGCUUCCAAGCUGUCCGCCGUUGAGCACAAUGUUACAGUGAGCGCGUUUGCAAGACGACGUCUCCCAGUCGUCAUGACUCGCCUUCGGAUGGCCGAGACCGUUCAAGCGGCUACGAAACUUAUUGAGCAGGGCCACGUUCGUGUGGGUACGGAAACAUGCACCGACCCGGCAUUCCUGGUCACUCGCAGCAUGGAGGACUUCGUCACCUGGACCGUGGGCAGCAAGGUCAAGAGGAACAUUAUGAAAUACCGCGACAAGUUGGACGACUUUGAGCUCUUGUAA